AAAGAACUACUUAAAAGAGUACUAUGUAUGCAAUAAAAUGAAAAGUAGACUUGGUCUGUUGCAAUCACCACUUCCUCUUCCCAGUCAGCAUAUUCUCUAUCCAGAUCCUAUACAAUAUGAUGAGCCUUUAAAAUUUAUCUGUGAUGAACACCACCGAAAUCAUAAUUAUCAUUGUCAUCGUUAUCAUCAUCACAACCAAUAUUAUCCACAGAAUUAUGAAAAUCAGGAUACUAGUACUGGUUCAAAUGUGAUUUACUCACAAAGUCAGAGUGAAAGUAUAAGGGAACAUGGAUAUUUAUUGCAAGAUUACUUUUAUUGCUGUCAUCCAAGUGAAACGCUGACAGAAAGGCAUCAUCAACCAACUUCCAUCAAUACAUACAUGUGUGAUUCUAUUGAAGAUGCAAACUUUAUCAAUGACUGUGUACAUUCUAGGCCGAUAAAAGUAAAUCAAUCAACUGAAGUUCGUUUUGAUGGAGAAAGUGAACAAAAUAUUGCCAUUCCAACUUCAGUUAACAUAUCGCUAUCAUCAUCAUCAUCAUCAUCACCAUUAUCAUCGUGUCGACCAACAUCGAAAAUGUUCUCUUAUUGUAACAAUACGAAUACUACUUCUUCUUCCUUCCCCUCCACUUCAUAUGCUUCUUUCACACCAUCCUCAUCAACAUUUGCAUUGUCAUCUGCAUCGUUCCGACAAUUUCAGCCCCCUGUUGUAUGGACAAGGUCUAAUGAUAUAUUUCUGACCAACAAUCAUAGACAUUGUUACACUACUGAAAUAGCCGAUAUGACGAUGAAACCGAUAAAAACAAGAUUACUGCAUAACAAAGAAGUAAAAUAUUUUAAGGAAUUAAAAAAUAAUCAUGAAGGUGAAUUCCUUUAACUUUUUUUUCCUCACGCCUAUUUUUGUUCCCGUUUCUCUAUUAUCAUAUGAUCGACAUUUAGUCUUCUUCAUUCUGUAUAGUUUGACUGUUGUUUUACUACAGUCUAUGUAUAACUAAACAAGAAGGCAUCAUGGCAUGCUACUACCACCACUGAUAAUAUUGCGAAAUGAAAGUCAAUUAUGUUAUUUGCAUAAUUUAAGGUGUCAUAUAUGUUUAUCAGUUAUGAAAAGCGAAACAAAGUUAAAGCAAUCAUGAUUUCAAUAAUAUCACAUUCUUUGUACAUAAAUCUUGAAAAUUUCCAUGUAAAGUACAGUAUUUCUUCUCAAGAUUACCACAUAAUUAACCUGUCAACAAAUAAUGAAAG